CAUGUCGAGCACUCGCAGCCGCCGCACGGUGGCCGCCGCCCCCGCCCGGUACACCGACGGCUUCAGCGACGACUCGUCGGCAUCCGCCAGCGAGAUGUCCGACAGCAGUGACACCGACUACGUGGCCAGCCCGGCGCCGGCGGCCGGCCGCCGCCGCGGUCGCCGCCAGAUCAACGACAGCGACAGCGAGGCGGCCCACACCGCCAGCGACUCCGACUCGGACUUCGUCGUGGAUGACGACGAGCCGGAGGCCCCCCGGCGCCCGGCCAAGAAGACCAAGGCCGUCGACGGGGCGGCCAAGGCGGCGGCCCCGGCGCGCCCGCGUGGCCGGCCGCCCGGCGCCGCCGCCGCCGCCCGCAAGGCCGCCGGCGAGCAGACCGCCGAGCAGGCCACGGCUCCGGUGUCUCCGGCGGCCGGGACCUCGGCGCCGAAGGCCCGUGCGGCUCCUCGGGGCCGGCGCGCCGGCGAGGACGAGCCCGCCCCUCUGGACUCGCACGCGCCCAUCCCCACUCCCACCGAUCUGGAUGAUUACAUGGAGGAGGAGAUCCUGCCGGAGGACCUGGACGGGGACGAUGCCUCGACCCGGUACCAGAAGAUGUCGCACUUGGAUCAUGUCCUGCACCGGCCGGAUUCCUACAUCGGCUCGGUGCUGACCGUGCAGCAGCCCAUGUGGGUGGCCGGUGAUGACCUGCGCCUGGAGAACCGCAUUGUCAGCUUCGUGCCGGGUCUGUACAAGAUCUUCGAUGAGAUCCUGGUCAAUGCGGCCGACAACAAGGUCCGCGACCCGCGCAUGGACAAGCUCCAGGUCAACAUCGACGCCAAGGAGGGCCUGAUCACGGUCUACAACAACGGUGCCGGUGUGCCGGUGGAGAUCCACAAGACCGAGCAGGUCUACAUCCCGGAGAUGGUCUUCGGCCACCUGCUCACCGGGUCCAACUUCGAUGACAACGAGAAGAAGACCACCGGCGGGCGUAACGGCUACGGCGCCAAGCUGGCCAACAUCUUCUCGCGGGAGUUCAUCAUCGAGACGUGCGACCGCGAGCGUCAGCUCAUGUACACCCAGCGCUUCACGCACAACAUGCGCACCAAGCACGAGCCGGUCAUCCGCAAGUCCCCCACCAAGACCAGCGAGUACACCAAGGUCACCUUCCGGCCGGACCUCCGCCGCUUCGGCAUGACCCACUUCGACGAGGACACCGUGGCCCUGCUGCGCAAGCGUGUCAUCGACAUGGCCGGCAUCCUGCGCGGGGUCAAGGUCUACCUGGACUCGACUCGCAUCCACAUCAAGUCCUUCAAGGACUAUGUGGACAUGUACCUGAACCCCAAGCCGGUGGAGGACCCCGCCACGGCCGGGGCCGCCACCGACGCCAUCGAGGUCAAGGGCCCGUUCGAUGCCCCGCCGCCGGUGUUCCACGAGAUUAUCAACGAUCGGUGGGAGAUUUGCGUGGCCCCCUCGCCGGAUGGGCAGUUCCACCAGGUGACCUUCGUCAAUGCCAUCUGCACGUACAAGGGCGGCACCCAUGUCAACUACAUCGCCGAGCAGGUGACCGAGGCCAUCAACCAGGUGGUCUCUCGCAAGAACAAGGAGAAGGCCAUCCGGCCCUUCCAGAUCCGCGCGCACCUGUGGGUGUUCGUCAACUGCCUGAUCGAGAACCCGACCUUCGACUCGCAGACCAAGGAGAACAUGACCACCCGCGCGUCGCAGUUCGGCAGCACGGCCCCCAUCUCCGCGCGCAUGUUGGGACGCAUCACCAAGUCCGUCAUCGUGGACAAUGUCCUUGAUCAGCACCUCCGUCGGCAGACCACCGCCCUGCGCAAGACCGACGGCUCGAAGAGCUCGCGCCUGGUGGGCAUCCCCAAGCUGGACGACGCCAACCAGGCCGGCACGCGCAAUUCCCACAAGUGCACCCUCAUCCUGACGGAGGGUGACUCGGCCAAGGCCCUGGCCGUGUCCGGCCUGGUCGUCGUCGGCCGCGACUACUACGGUGUCUUCCCCCUGCGAGGCAAGCUCCUCAACGUCCGCGAGGCCAGCAUGAAGCAGGUCAUGGACAACGAGGAGAUCACCCAGCUGAAGAAGAUCAUCGGGCUUCAGCAGGGCCGCGACUACACCUCGGUGGACUCGCUGCGCUAUGGCCACAUCAUGAUCAUGACCGAUCAGGACCACGAUGGGUCCCACAUCAAGGGGCUGAUCAUCAACUUCCUGGACCACUUCUUCCCCUCGCUGCUGCGCAUCCCCGGGUUCCUGCUGGAGUUCAUCACGCCCAUCCUCAAGGCCACUCGCGGCCGGGAGAGCAAGAUGUUCUUCACCAUCCCGGAGUAUGAGCGCUGGCGCGCGGAGGUCGGCAACGCCCGCGGCUGGACCAUCAAGUACUACAAGGGUCUGGGUACCUCCUCGGCCAGUGAGGCCAAGGAGUACUUCUCGGCGCUGGACCUCCACCGGAAGCGCUUCAUGCCGUGCGAGGCCGAGGAGCGCAACCUCAUCGACAUGGCCUUCAACAAGCGCCGCGCCGAUGAGCGCAAGGAUUGGCUGGCCCGCUGCGAGGAGGGCACCUUCCUGGACCACUCGGCGUCGGACAUUUCCAUCACCGACUUCGUCAACAAGGAGCUGGUGCUCUUCUCGCUGGCGGACAAUGUCCGGUCCAUUCCCUCGAUUGUGGAUGGGCUGAAGCCCGGCCACCGGAAGAUUCUCUUCUGCUGCUUCAAGCGCAAUCUCCGCCGCGAGGUGAAGGUGGCCCAGCUGGUGGGCUAUGUGUCGGAGCAUUCGGCCUACCUGCACGGCGAGGCUUCCCUUUCCAUGACCAUCAUCGGCAUGGCCCAGGACUAUGUCGGGUCCAACAAUGUCAAUCUGCUGGAGCCGCGCGGCAUGUUCGGUACCCGUCUGAAUGGCGGGAAGGAUGCCGCCUCGCCGCGUUACAUUUUCACCGUGCUGGCCCCGGCCGCGCGGCUGAUCUUCCACGAGGCCGAUGACGCCCUGCUGCACUACCUGGAGGAUGAUGGCACUCGCAUUGAGCCUCGCUGGUAUGUGCCGGUCCUGCCCAUGGUCCUGGUCAAUGGGUCGGAGGGCAUCGGCACCGGGUGGUCCUCCUCCGUGCCGAACUUCAAUCCCCUGGACAUCAUCGACAAUCUGGAGCGCAUGAUGCGCCGGGAGGACCCGGUGGAAAUGCACCCCUGGUACCGGGGCUUCUCCGGGACCAUCGAAAAGUUCCAGCCCGACCGGUACCGGGUGUCCGGCCGGGUGACGCGGCUGGACGCGACGACGGUGGAAAUUUCCGAACUCCCCGUCGGCACCUGGACCACUCCGUACAAGGAAAUGCUGGAGGGCCUCAUGCAGGACACCCUCACCGAGAAGGAGACCGCUUCCGGGGCCACGCGCAAGUCCGGCAGCCCGGCCCUGGUGAAGGAAAUCCGCGAGCACCACUCCAACACCACGGUCCUCUUCCAUGUGGUCUUGACCGAGGCCGGGGCCGCCCUGUCGGACGAGGAGUUCUCCAAGCGCUUUAAGUUGACCUCCACCAUUUCCCUGUCGAACAUGGUUCUCUUCGAUGCGCAGGGCCGCCUGCGCCGGUAUGACAGCCCGCUGGCCAUCCUGGAGGAGUUCUACCACUUGCGUUUGCAGUAUUACGUCCUGCGCAAGGAGGACCUCCUGCGCCACCUGAUGCACGAGCAGUCGGUCCUCAGCAACAAGGCGCGCUUCAUCAAGAUGGUCAUCAGUGGCGAGCUGCGCCUGGCCAAUCGCCCGAUCCUGGACAUCAUCGCCGAGUUGUACCGGCUGAAGUUCGACCCGAUGCCGCGUGGCGUCGGGACCGCCGGCGCCAAGUCUCGGAUUCCCGAUGCCGCGGCCGACGGCGCCGCCGCCAGCAGCGGCAUCACCGUGGCCGGGGUCGACGGCCCGGAGGAGGAGACCCAGGAGGAGAUCGAUGCCCGGAAUGCCAGCCAGGCCCUCGGCACCAAUCCCAACCUGACCUUCGACUAUCUGCUGAACAUGUCCAUGCGGUCCAUGACCAAGGAGCGCGCCGAGGAGCUGAUUCGCCAGCGCGAGCAGAAGACCCUCGAGGUGGAUUCGCUGGCCGCGCGCGACCCGACCGACCUGUGGCGCGAUGAUCUGACUGCCCUGCGGGCGGAGAUCCUUCGCCUGGAGGCCGCCCGCGAGGCCGAGCAUGUGGACCUGCUUGAGCGCCAGCGCCUGGCCCUGGUCAGUGGCAAUGCCGCCACCAGCAAGGCCCCUGCUCGGCGUGGCCGCCCGGCCGCCGCCGCCACCGGUGCCCCUCGCCGCCGCGUCAAGAAGGAGGACUAAGCAGCCGGUGCGCGCAGUGAGUCGUGGCGGGCGGGCGGGCGGGCGGGCAGGCGGGCAGGGCGUGCGCGUGCCCGGUUGAGCGGAGGCGAGACAGCCACCCGAUUCCCCGGGGGGAGAGGGGGCCGCGGGGGGCGAGGACAGCCGGCCAUACGGAAGACGACUGCGGUGUGUCGGUGUGUAUGCCACGUGCUUCCUCCCUCCCUCUCUCCCCCCCCCCCUCUC